AUGCUUAAUAAUUUUCAAUAUUUAAUGGACCCCAACUCUUACAAAUAUCUUUGGUUGUGCUUAUUAUUUAGUUGUCAAGUAAUACUGUGUAAGGAAAUUAGUACACCAUCAACCGAUAAAAAUAUUAAUGUAUUGAAUGAGUGUCAGCAAUGUAAAGUUCUGACAGACUCCUUCAAUUACUGGUUUAAAAAAACAUCACGAGGAAAAUACGAAGGGGGCGAUGUUGCUUGGGAAGAAGCUAAACUAAAAACCUAUGCACGAAGUGAGGUUCGUUUGGUAGAAAUUCAAGAAGGUUUAUGUUCUGAACUAAAGGCUAAUAAAGAUCAAUGCUACUCUUUAGCAGAUGUAGCUGAAAAUGUAUUAGAAAACUGGUAUUACAGUGAAGAUCAUGAUACUGUUAAUUUGUAUACAUGGCUGUGUAUUCAGAAAUUACAAAACUGCUGUCCUCUGUCCCAUUAUGGAGAAUCCUGUUCUCCUUGCCCACAUAAUUUAAACAAUGAAAUUUGUAGUGGAAAUGGUAAAUGUCACGGAGAUGGUACAAGGGAGGGCAACGGAACUUGCAUUUGUAAAAGUGGAUAUUCUGGCAAUUUAUGUGAAGAAUGUGCUGAAAAAUUCUUUUCUGAAAAUGCCAGUUGUAGACCUUGUCAUGCAGCAUGUGCCGCUUGUACAGGAGAGAGUUUAGAUGACUGUAUUACAUGCAGUAAUGGUUGGGAAAUGCAAGAAAAUACUUGUGUGGAUAUUAAUGAGUGUGCAUUGCCACAGGUCUGUGAGAAUGAUGAUUAUUGUAUAAAUCAAGAAGGCACCUUUUUAUGUGAAAAAUGUGAUGAUUCCUGCAAAACAUGUACAGGACCAGGAAGAAAAAAUUGUUCAACAUGCAGAGAAAGUGACACAUUAAUAUCAGGGAUGUGUUUGAAUGAAUCUCAAAAAAAUAAAAUUGUAAAUGAUGCCAAGAAAAGAGUUUUAACAUAUUUUGGAUUGUUAUUACUGACAAAAGUUACUUUCCGAUCAUCUAAAAUUUUAGCAGCUGUGGUUGUCUUGUUUUCUUCAUUUUAUAUAUAUCACACUGAGGAUACAGCUGAAGUACCUUCAAUAGAUCUUUACAUGCAAAGUUCAGAGUUACCAUGA